AUGUCCGUCCGAGAAGACUUGAGCGGCAUCGAGCCUGAAGGUCCACCCGCCGCUGACUUGGCCGGUAGCCGGGUUUGGCGAGCUUGUCUUGCUUGCCGGCGUAAAAAGGUCUGCUUCUUGACACUGAAUUAUCGCUGCGUCUACGUAGCCUACUUUUGUAAUUGCGCGAAGACUGACAAAGUGAUGAAGAUCAAAUGCGAUGGAAAACAACCCUGUCACAACUGUAGCUCUCGUGAUCAGUCGUGCGAGUUCCCCGGAACAAAAGACAACGCUUCUGCCAGUCGUUACUACGUGACGUCUUUUGCAGCACGAUGCCAACAGAUGGAUACACUCUGUCAACGUCUAGAAGUGCUCACUGGGCAGCUAUCACAGUCUAUCGACGUCCUCAACAAACAGCCACCUGCGCCAGCGAGCCAGAAUCAGCCUUCUGGUCGUGUCUCCGCAGCUGAGAUCAUCAAUUCUUUCCCAAGACUUGCAGCGUUGUUAUCUCAAGCAACUGCAUCUCCUCGACAAGAGUCAAUAACGAAUGCAAACCCGAAUGCGUACGCAGGCGUUGCUGAAUUGGAUGUCAACACAGGCGCAAUAGACGAUGAAACCGAAGUAUUUUCACCCGAUAACAGCGAGGAUUAUAAUGAUGAUUCUACUUCUGUAGAAAGUACCUUCAGGUUGACAAAGCCAGCCGCCGAGGAACUCAGCCAAGCAGGUGCCUUGGUACGAGAUUCUUAUGGCCGCCUACGCUUUGUGGGUGGUGCAGCGAGUAAUCUUAUCGUAGAGGCCGCAAGAAACCUCCUGCCGAAUUUGGCGACAACCACGCCAUCUUCUACAGGAGCCAGUCACGAAACGCCAAACUUGCCAGACCUCGAGAUCCCUUCAUUUGUUCGUGGAAAACUCUGGCCUCCUCUUCCGUACAUACCUGCACCAGAAAGCCUGCCUCGCCCGCCGCAAUAUGUCUCUGACCUGCUUGUGAGCCUAUACUUCGACAAGCUCCACUACAUAUUCCCUAUUCUCAUCAAGCCUCACUUUAUGAAUCGUUAUCAGAAGCUUCUGAGAGCCGGGCCAGACUCUUCUUCACCUAAGAGAGGAAGGUUUCUUAUGGUUUUCUUCGCCGUAUGUGCGUGUGCGUCAGGGCUAUUACCGUCCAACUUGGAGAGCGGGCUACCCGGUAUCGACUUUUACCAAAAGGCCCUUCUCAUCUUGUCUGCAUCAACUGGAGAGUCCUCCAUUGAGAAAGUUCAAACGACAUCGAUUUGCCUUGGCCGUCCUCUCGCGGUCAAAGAUGAAGACUGCUACUGUGAGCUACCAUUGGACGUACGCGAUGAGGAUGUAAUGUCUGGGAUCAAGAGCGGACACGCUGUCGACGUAGAAGCCACAACGAGCUCCAUGAGCGGCUUCUUAGCGUUUGCUAAACUCUGCCGGCUUGCAGGCAAGAUCCAAGAGUUCAGCUCUCCCCUUAACCUACAGAAGAUCGCCUCUGCAGAUGCAGAAAGAACUCAUAGGUUCUUGGCUCGCGUUGAUGCUCAUGAUCAGGCUCUUCGAAAGUGGCUCGAGAGUUUGCCCGGGGAAAUCCAAUUCUCAGCAAACAGAAAGAACAAGAGCCACGGGGAUAUAUCCAUGGUUCAUUGUGUGAUAACGUUUUUCUUACACGCAGGAUCUCUUAUCAACUUGUACCGAUACUUCCUGAACUAUCCCAAAGACUCCGCAGAACGAGACGAAGUGGACGUCUCGGGAGCCAUCGAUCAAUGCAUUAAUGCUGCACGGGGCUGUAUCUACGUCGCUGAUAUGGUUCGAGACUUGGUGCCAGCUUCACACCAUCUGGCUAUCUGCAUCCACUAUCUGACGCUGUCGGGUAUCAUCCUUCUUCGAGUGCCUAUCGAUCGCAGCAAUCCAGCUCUUUUGGAAGAUGCCGAGAAGUGUGCCCGAUCGCUCAAAGACCUAGAGCCUCGGUGGUCUGGGGCCAAAAGAAGCCGAGAAAUCAUUGAGAAAUUGCUAGUCCGACGCCGCAGCGAGAUUGCUGGAGACUCGCUCACCUGUCGUGGUAAUGAAGGCCGACAUCCACCCGAGAACGCCCGCAGGGCCAACAAAAGACCCUUUGCUGAUGUUGAGGUUGCAUCAUCCUCUUUGGUUGACGUUGCUAGCGGAAUCUGGAAUCCCAGCACCACCGGCUCCAUGUCAGAGACGACGCAUUACGAUGGCUGUAUGGAUCCUAUGCUUUUUGCUUCGUGGUCAGGAUAA